AUGCGGGUCAUUACACUCAGAUUGGAAGUGGCCCACCUGCUAAAUCAAGGCCACCUCACCGAUUACCUAACCAAAAAGGGCAAGCUAACCCUACAACAAGGAAGGGAUAGACAAGAGAAACACAGAGACGACAGCCCACCAGACCCGCCACAUCAUGAAAGAACUGUGAAUGUGAUAUCCGGAGGCUCCGAAGUCAGCGGAAUCACCCACUCAGCCGCCAAGAGACACGCCAGACAGGCUAGAUCAAGCAAAACAGUGGCUCCGCCUUUCGGCAAAGCUGGACCAACGGAUCCAACCCUAACAAUCAGCUUUGCAACAUCCGAAUCAGACAAGCUUCUACACCCCCAUCAUGACGCUUUAGUUAUUUCCAUUUAUAUUGCUAACUGUUUUACAAAGCGUGUGCUAAUAGACAAUGGUAGUUCUGCCAAUAUCUUGUUUUGCAGUGCGUACAGGGAGAUGGGUUUGGACGAGUCCAAACUAAUCAAGAAAGCGGCCGUACUCGUUGGCUUCAGUGGUGAGAGUACGACUACUGUAGGGGAGAUCGAUCUUCCCGUCUACGCAGAGGGAGUCAAUCUUUCCACUAGGUUUCUCGUGGUAGACGCCCCAUCAGCAUACAACGUCAUCCUGGGCCGUCCAUGGAUCCACGGAAUGGAAGUAGUACCAUCCACCUAUCAUCAAGUCAUACGAUUCCCAACCAAGUGGGGAGUUAAGGAGAUCAAGGGAGAGCAGAAGGACUCCAGGGCGUGCUACCAAACCACUAUGAAAGCGAAAAGCCCGUCUUUAUAG